AUGGCACAGAAGUUCUUCCUCGGCGGCCUGUCGGCGAUCCUUGUCGUCGCGGUCGUCGUCGGCGUGGUCGCCACCGUGACCCGCUCCGGCAACAAGGCUGGUGACAACUUCACCGUCCCGGGGGAGGCCACCUUGGCCACCUCCGGCAAGUCGGUCAAGUCCCUGUGCGCGCCCACGCUGUACAAGGAGUCGUGCGAGAAGACGCUCACCCAGGCCGCUAAUGGCACCGAGAACCCGCGCGAGGUCUUCCAGUCGGUCGCUAAGGUGGCGCUAGAGUCGCUCAAGUCGGCGUACGAGAGGUCCCAGACCAUCGGCGAUGGCAAGUCGAGCGAUCCCAUGACGAAGAGCGCGCGCGAGGACUGCAAGAAGCUCCUCGACGAUUCGGUCGACGACCUCAAGGGCAUGGUCGAGAUGGCCGGCGGCGACGUGAAGGUUCUCUUCAGCCGCUCCGACGACCUCGAGCACUGGCUCACCGGGGUCAUGACAUUCAUCGACACCUGCGCCGAUGGCUUCGCUGACGAGAAGCUAAAGGCCGACAUGCAGCACGUGCUGCGCAACGCCACAGAGCUCAGCAGCAACGCGCUCGCCAUCACCAACAGCCUCGGCGCCAUCUUCAAGAAGCUCGACCUCGACAUGUUCAAGAAGGACUCGCGCCGCCGCCUCCUCUCUGAGCAGGACGAGCAGGGCUGGCCCGUGUGGAUGCGGUCUCCGGAAAGGAAGCUGCUGGCCUCGGGCGACCGCAACCGGCCGCAGCCGAAUGCGGUGGUGGCUAAGGAUGGCACCGGCCAAUUCAAGUCCAUCCAGGAGGCCGUGAACGCCAUGCCCAAGGGUCACCAGGGCAGGUAUGUCAUCUACGUGAAGGCCGGCCUCUACGAUGAGAUCGUCAUGAUCCCCAAGGACAAGGUCAACAUCUUCAUGUACGGCGACGGGCCCAAGCGCAGCCGCGUCACCGGCCGCAAGAGCUUCGCCGACGGGAUCACCACCAUGAAGACCGCCACCUUCUCCAUUGAGGCGUCCGGGUUCAUCUGCAAGAACAUGGGGUUCCACAACACGGCCGGCGCUGAGAGGCACCAGGCGGUGGCGCUCCGCGUGCAGGGCGACCUCGCGGCGUUCUACAACUGCCGGUUCGAUGCGUUCCAGGACACGCUGUACGUGCACGCGCGGCGCCAGUUCUUCCGCAACUGCGUCAUCUCCGGUACCAUUGACUUCAUCUUCGGCAACUCGGCCGCCGUUUUCCAGAACUGCCUCAUCAUCACGCGGCGGCCCAUGGACAACCAGCAGAACUCGGUGACUGCGCACGGGCGCACGGACCCCAACAUGAAGUCCGGGCUCGUCAUCCAGAAUUGCCGCCUCGUGCCGGACCAGAAACUCUUCCCCGACCGCUUCAAGAUCCCCUCCUACCUCGGCCGCCCGUGGAAGGAGUUCUCGCGCCUUGUCAUCAUGGAGAGCACCAUCGCCGACUUCAUCAAGCCCGAGGGGUACAUGCCCUGGAAUGGUGACUUCGGGCUGAAGACUCUCUACUACGCAGAGUACAACAACCGCGGCCCCGGCGCCGGCACCAGCAAGAGGGUCAACUGGCCUGGGUUCCGCGUCAUCGGCCGUAAAGAGGCCGAGCAGUUCACCGCCGGGCCGUUCAUCGACGGCGCGACGUGGCUAAAGUUCACCGGCACGCCGCACAUCCUCGGGUUCAAGUUAUAAGGCCUCAUGGCGU